AUGACGAAGUUAAAGAUUCAAGAACUUCGUGGCAAGAAGAAGGAGGACCUCAUGAAGCUGCUCUCAGAGCAGAGCUCCGAAUUAGCUUCACUUAGGGUAGCGAAGGUUACUGGUGGUGCGCCAGCAAAGUUGUGCAAGAUCAAGAUUGUAAAGAAAAACAUUGCUCGUGUUCACACAAUUAUCCAUCAGACUCAGAAGCAGGAACUCCGUAAACUGUAUGCGAAAGCACAACAACAAGCCGAUUGA